AGUUAAAUGUCUCUUUGGUCUUAACGUCGUUAUAACAAAGAUAUUAUCCACGAUCUUUAUUUCAUCUUCAGGCAUACAUACCACAUUCUAUUAUAAUUUCUAUGAAUGUGAUUUGUCGGAGUUAGUAUUUGAUUUGGUUUAACGACGGACGAAUGAAGAGAGACAUAGCUGGGUUCGAAAUUCGGAUCAAUUGCCUCUUGUAAAACAAUUUCGGAAUUUCCGUUUAUCGGAAGCCCUCUUUUGCAAAUUCUCCCAAAUUCGCUCAUCUCAAACCCUAAUUUUAGUUUCUCUCUCCUCGACGCCUCUUUGCUUUCCACUUUCUCUCUCCUUUCUCUGUAAACAAUACCCCCAAUUUCUCCACUCACCACCCAUCUAUCUCCUACUCUCUAGAUGUUUCCAGAACCACCUAACAUUUAAGGUUUGCGGAUCAUCUUCAAUUUGAUUUGUCAUUUUGCCUUGUUUUCUGGCUUUCUUUCUUUCUCAUACGUUAGGAUUUUGAUUUUUUAAAGAGUGAGAAAUCUUGAAAGAUCUGUUCUUUAUUCCCUUGUUGUUACUUGUUAGAAUAUAAAUCUUUUGUCUUUUUAUUCUGUGAUUUUUUGUUGGAUUAGGGUUUUAUCAGAUCUAUUGUCUUAUGAAAUUUUGGGUUCUGAUCCAAAACCCUAGUUUUCGACUCCCAAUAAAACUUUGGCUGAUGGUCUCGAUAAUUUAGGGUUUUUUAAGGGAUUGGUUUUAGGGUUUUUGGAAUUGAAAGAAGACCGUACAUGUAUGGCUUCGGAGACUUCAGGAGCUGAUAAGCUUCCCAAGGAGAAAUAUUUAUGGAGUGAGAAUUGUAAAGUUUAUACUCGCAGAAUUCACAGAAAGAUCAUUGACGUUGUCAAAAAUCAUGAUCCUUUAACCACCAUAGCUGCUGCCACAACCACAACCACUUCAAAAGCCUCUGAAAAUGAAAACAACAGUGCCAGUUCUGACAAGAGCAAUUCUUUGAAGGAAAGCAAUGUUCCAAAUAAUCAUCAUGCUGUUAAUGGUGUCACUGCUACUGUCAAUAACAACGUCAACCUUGAGCAUGAGAAGGAUAAUACCGAGGAUGAUCUGCAAAACCUACCAAAUUCAUCUUCCCCGCCAAAGGAUGCUGUUGAAGAAGCUAAGUCUUUGCAAUUGGAGCAGAAUUUGUCACAGGUAGAGGCUGUUGAAGAAGCCAAUUCUUUUCAAUUGCAGCAGAAUUUGUCACAGGUAGAGGCUGUUGAAGAAGCCAAUUCUUUGCAAUUGCAGCGAAAUUUGUCACAGGUAGAGGCUGUUGAAGAAGCCAAUUCUUUGCAAUUGCGGCAGAAUUUGUCACAGGUAGAGGCUGUUGAAGAAGCCAAUUCUUUGCAAUUGCAGCAGAAUUUGUCACAGGUAGAGGCCGUUGAAGAAGCCAAUUCUUUGCAAUUGCAGCAGAAUUUGUCACAGGUAGAGGCUGUUGAAGAAGCCAAUUCUUUGCAAUUGCAGCGGAAUUUGUCACAGGUAGAGGCUGUUGAAGAAGCCAAUUCUUUGCAAUUCCAGCGGAAUUUGUCACAGGUAGAGGCUGUUGAAGAAGCCAAUUCUUUGCAAUUGCAGCAGAAUUUGUCACAGGUAGAGGCUGUUGAAGAAGCCAAUUCUUUGCAAUUGCAGCAGAAUUUAUCACAAAUGAAGGUUGUUGAAGAAGCCAAUUCUUUGCAAUUGCAGCAGAAUUUGUCGCAUGUAGAGGCUGUUGAAGAAGCUAAUUCUUUGAAAUUGCAGCAGAAUUUGUCACCAGUAGAGGCUGUUGAAGAAGCCAAUUCUUUGCGAUUGCAACAGAAUUUGUCAAAGGUAGUGGUUUCGGGGGAUUCUUCAAGUCUUAAUCGAGCUGAGGCAUUUCUUCCACAUGGAUUUGGUGGGGAUUUGAAUAAUAGGUUAGUGUCAAGACCGUUGGUUACUCAGGUAGGUGAUAGGUUGACCAUUAAUGUGUCAGCAGCUAGUUCAAUGGAGGAAGUUAGAGAUUUGAAAAGGAAGUUAGAGGAUGAACUUGAUCAAGUUAGGAACAUGGCUAAAAAGCUUGAAGCUAAGGAGAUUGAGAUUAGUAGGUAUUCUAGUAUUACGGGUAAUGGAAGUUUAAUUCCUGUUGAUGGGCACUUGCAAUAUCCUGUAAAUGGUGGAAAUGAGAUGGUGGGUAGUGGUAUGAGGAUGGGUUCUGAAAUGGGUUUGGUUUCUUUCAAUAAAUCAAGGCCAUUUAGGCAACUUUCAGUUUCUGUGAUAAAUAACAAUCAGUAUCAUGGAGUUGGUGACAUUAUUGAGAGGGACAAGCGGACUCCUAAGGCAAAUCAAUUGUAUCGAAAAUCCGAGUUUCUUUUGGGUAUGGAUAAGCUCCCGCCGGAGAACAAUAGGAAGACAAAAUCUAGUGGAAGUAAGAAGCAUGGUGGGUCAAAUUUUGAUUAUGGAUUCAGAAUUGAUAAGAAAUGUUUUAGCAAAUGUAGUACUUUACUUCAGAAGUUAAUGAACCACAAGCAUGGAUGGGUGUUUAAUCAACCUGUGGACGUGAAGACGCUUGGUCUGCAUGAUUAUUUUGAUAUUAUAAAGCAUCCAAUGGAUUUGGGUACAAUCAAGUCUAGGUUGACCAAGAAUUGGUACAAAACCCCUAGGGAGUUUGCUGAGGAUGUAAGACUUACUUUUCAUAAUGCAUUGACCUAUAAUUCUCCCGGGCAAGAUGUUCAUAUCAUGGCCCAAGAGUUGUAUAGGAUGUUUGAAGCGAGGUGGCCUGCUAUUGAAACUGAUUAUGAUCGAAACUUGAGGAGUGAAAUGCUUCGUGAUAUGGGGGUCCCAACUCCAACGUCGAGAAAGAUUUAUUCCCAUGUUCCUGUAUUGACUCCCAGAUCGUUUGCUCCACCUCCUCGUCUACAACCCACUCCAUUUCAUGAUGCGAGAAACUUCGAGAGAUCAUAUUCAAUGCCUGUUCGACAAGAAUCGACGCCAAAGCCUACAUAUUCAGUUGGAAGGAAGCCUGCUCUAACGAAACCUAAAGCUAAGGAUCCCCAUAAAAGAAACAUGACUUCUGAGGAGAAACAAAAGCUUGGCACUAAUCUUCAGAAUUUGCCUGCAGAGAAAGUUGAUACUCUUAUUCAAAUCGUUAAAAAGAGGAAUUCAUAUGUAUCACAAAAAGAUAAUGAGAUUGAAUUGGAUUUUGAAACGCUUGAUGUUGAGACACUUUGGGACCUGGAUAGAUUUGUAACAAAUUACAAGAAGACCUUGAGCAAGCAUAAGAGGAAAGCUGAAAUUGCUCAAGCUAGAGCAGCAGCUGCUCAGGCUGCUCAAGAAACAAUUCCAGCUCCUGCAUAUACCGAAGCGCCUAGAGAUACAACAGCAGAUGAAACAAAUGUUGCCACUUCUCCCCGUGCUCAACCAGAAAGGCAUAGUGAUAAUGAUAGUGAUUCAAGUAGCUCAAGCAGCUCUAGCAGUGAUUCUGGAUCCUCUUCUAGCGAUUCAGAUAGUGAUAGCUCUUCCGCUUCUGAUUCAGAUGGAGGUUAAACAUAGGAUCUUAUUGUUUCAAAGUAUUAGGUUGUUAGAUGCAAUGGUGUGUGCUGCACUUGAUGAUGCUGAAUUGCCUUUGCAUUGUGAAGUGUUUUUUAGGGCGGUUUAUCUCUCGUUGAUGUGGCUGCUCAGCUUGGUGGCUUUCAGCUGGCCAUCUUCAUAAGUAGAGACCGUUAUUCACUUUAGUGGCUACAUAACACAGAUUUUGUUUCUUAACUUGCUCGUUUCAGAAUGCUGUGUGGUAAUUGUACAUUUUUUGCCGUAGAUGCUACUCACACUUUCUGUGCAAGUAUUUUAAUGGUAGGCGACAUGAUACACUUGAUUAUCAGUGGCGUACAUAUAGGGAGAUCAGUAGUUUCGGUAGGCUUGUAAUAUGUAAGUGGGUUAGGGUUGGAUUUAUGUUGAAAUUAGCUUCUAGCUUUGUAUAGUUUAAUUGUGUUAUAGAAGGAUAGGUGUAAUUCUUUUGAUGCUUAGAUUGUUUGGCAAUGUUGGUUCUGAGUUGAAUGUACCAUGAUCAUCCAAUGGAAUUUGCCCCCCUCUGCUUACGCCUGCCCUACAAUUCACGCAUCCCUGGAUGUCGGUAACUUUUCUUCUCUAUAUUGUAUGGCGGUUGAGCUGUGUUUUUUUACUGGUUUUGUCCGUCCUCUGAAUGGGCGUUAGAUUCUCUAGAUGUGAUGGUGGAAUGAAUUCCUUAUUAUGAUUAUUGUC